AUGAACACAGCGUUCCCCGCCCCCGCCGACCUGGGCAAGUCUAUUACACAUGAAGGAUGGAACAUCACCACGCGCAAGCUGCCCAUACUGAAGGCGGCACCUAUCGAGGACAUGACGAACAAGCUGGGCAUCGCCGUGCCUGAGAUGAUCUUCGGCGACAACGCUGUGCGUCUCGAGCAUGUCGCGACGGGAUGGAGCAUAGAAUUCAACGCCUUCGAUGCGCUGGACCGCGUUGACAAGACUGGCGAGAAGAUGCUCGAGGUCGCCUACUCGAAGGAGUGGCAGAAGACAAGGCAAAACCACGCCUCGGAAAUCAAGGAAGUAGUCAAGCCUUUCGACUGGUCGUUCAGCACCGACUAUGCCGGCACUGUCCCUUCGCACGCCUCGCUCAGCUUCGAGGACACGGAGUCCAUGAUUCCCCUGGCCCUGCUCAAGCGUCCCGAUCCCAUCCUCUUCUUCGACGAUGUCAUGCUCUACGAAGACGAGCUCGCCGAUAACGGCAUCUCGCUCAUGUCGUGCAAGAUUCGAGUCAUGCCCGCCCGCUUGCUGCUGCUGUGCAGGUUCUUCCUCCGUUUAGACGACGUCAUCUUCCGUAUCCGCGACACCAGGGUCUUCGUCGAGUUUGCGACUGGCGAGGUCAUCCGCGAGUACACCGCCCGCGAAGAAAAGUACGACGUGGUAAAGAAGAAGAUGGCCAUUACUAGAGAAGAUGUGCCUGCCCUCAUGAGGGACCCGAAUCGCCUCAUCGAGCACGUGCCCAUCAUCGACGGAAAGUUGGAGAAGUGCAUCGUCAAGUAA